AUGGCACUCAUAUCGACACCUCAUGAUCAAGAUAUCGGGAUUUUUCAUCCGAAAGUUAUUCUACUCUCUUUAGGUAUUACAACAACUGCAUACUUGUCAUACCGAUUUUACAGGAGAUAUCUCAAGCCAGUGCGCUCAAUACUAGACCUUACUCCAGAAAGGCUUGAAUACAACCACAAAUUAUACGGUUACGUUACACGAGUUGGGGAUGGUGACAACUUCCGAUUCUACCAUACACCUGGAGGCGUUCUUGCCGGGUGGGGAUGGCUUAAAACUGUGCCCAAAAACAACAGAGUCUUAAAGAAUGAGACACUAAUGAUUCGAUUGUGCGGUAUAGACGCCCCAGAACGAGCACAUUUUGGUAAGCCAGAACAGCCAUUUAGUGAAGAUGCGUUACGGUGGUUGCGAUCUUAUCUCUUGGGGAGAUAUGUGGUAGUUACGCCGUAUCUGGUGGAUCAAUACAAGAGGAUUGUUGGUAGGUGUCAGGUUUGGAAAUGGACGGGGAAGAAGGACGUUUCUGCUGAGAUGUUGAAGCAUGGCAUGGCCAUUGUGUACGAGGGAAAAGUCGGAGCAGAGUUUGGAGACAAUGAAGACUGGUACAGGCGACUAGAAAAAAGAGCCCGGCUACUAAAACGCGGGUUGUGGUCAUUAGGCUCGAAGAUGUUGACCCCUGGUGAUUAUAAAAAGACUUACUACCGAGGCAAUUGA